AUGAGUAAAAGGAAGACAACAGAGAGUACAACUACCACAAGUACAACUACAAGUACAAGUACAACAAGCACAACAACAACAUCAGACUUGGUUGUGGACAGCAAGCAAUCAGUUGCCUCUGUAACGUUCGUUGUAGAUUCCAAAGUCACGCCCACACCUAAUGAUGUAACAUCCUUUGAUUAUGAGAGUGUAGUUGGCCAAGGUGUUGACUUGAGCUACAUAGAUACAACUACAACGACUCAGUCAGUGACGGAGAACAUGACAAAGAAGUCAAAGAAGAAGAAGCAGAAGAAGAAUCAUACUACUUUCAAGUUGCUAAAGUCAAGUAUUGAACAUGACUCACCAUCAACAUCAUAUAUUGGCACCAACUCAUUUGUACUUUCAGCGUACCAGGCGUAUAGUAAACACAUGCACUUGGUGAUCAGACCCGAUGACAUCUGGUUGGCAUUGAUGACACAGUUCUCCUUUUACGUCAAUGCUCACUCGGAUGCUCUAAGGUCAAAGUUUGUGGCAUUCGAUGACAAGCGCACUUUGGUUGUAGAAUUGGAUGGCUGUCUGUACACCGCGCCUUAUGAACAAAUGUCGACACUGCUCGCUGACCAGAUUGCACUCAAUAUCAAGGAUGCUUCAUUGCGCGACUGGGUCAUGCCAGGUUUCACCACUACCACAGACACUGAUCGUGUGGUUGGCGCCUGCACAUUGAUGUCAACAAUGAAGAAGUACUUCAACUUUGAAUGCGAGCUGGAAUGUGGCCUUCCAAAGGUGACUAUGUUGGGCACUGUUGACGAUUGGAAACAGGUUAGACAGCGCGCUGAACGAUUCGCAGAGUUUGACACCAAGCCCAAGUACUUGUCCAAGUGGCUUGCAAUGUUGUUGCCAGUGUUGGACAACAUGAUCAUGUCGGUGGAAGGCAAGCCCGAUAUCAAAUGGUGGAACAAGAUUGUUCACUAUGCAGAGGAUGGUAAAUGGCUUGGUGAUAACAAGUGGUUCUAUGAUGAGGAGUGUAACAAAGUCAAAACCGAAUGGCCAGCGAUCGACAUUGAGAACAUACCACGAGGUUUCUCAACAUGUCCAGUUAAAAUAAUUGACCCAGAACAUCAAUACGACUCUGACAUCUAUGCUGGACACAUCAUAUCCAAAUUCACAGACGAUAACACAACAAUCACUCCUUCACUUGACUGGUUCCUAAUACUCAAAGGACUGUUGCCACAGCAAUAA